AUGACCUCACGUGCUCGUCACGUGGCCGUGAUCGGACUCGGAGCCGCUGGGCUCGUGGCGGCUCGAGAGCUUCGCCGUGAAGGUCACACCGUCGUUGCUUUCGGGCGUGAGAAACAGGUCGGAGGACUCUGGGUUUACACCGAUCGAGUCGAACCCGACUCACUUAGCCUCGACCCAGAUCGAACAAUCGUCCACUCAAGCAUCUACAAAUCUCUCCGCACCAAUCUCCCUCGAGAGUGUAUGGGUUACAGUGACUUCCCAUUCGUGACCCGACCCGGAGACGGCGAAUCUAGAGACCCGAGACGGUACCCGGAUCACAGAGAAGUCAUGAUGUACCUUCAAGACUUCGCUAAAGAGUUCGAGAUCGAAGAGAUGGUCCGAUUCGAGACGGAGGUGGUUCGAGUGGAACCGACGGCGGAGAAUGGCCGUAAAUGGAGAGUCCGAUUUAAAAGCUCAGGUGGUGUUUCCGGCGAAGAGAUCUUCGACGCAGUAGUCGUUUGCAAUGGUCACUUCACUGAACCUCGUGUAGCUCAUAUUCCUGGGAUAGAUUCAUGGCCAGGGAAGCAAAUCCAUAGCCACAAUUAUAGGAUUCCAGAUCCAUUCAAAGAUCAGGUGGUGAUAGUGAUAGGAAGUCAAUCCAGUGGUACUGACAUUAGCAGGGACAUAGCAACCAUGGCUAAAGAAGUUCAUAUGUCGGCUAAAGCGGUUGCAUCCAAUACAUACAUUGCGCGUACCAGUCAUAAGAAUCUACGGAUUCAUUCGACGAUCUCCCGUGCCUGCGAGGAUGGUUCUGUGAUGUUUCAAAACGGGAGAGUGGUUUAUGCCGAUGCCAUAGUUCAUUGCACUGGUUACAAGUAUCAUUUCCCGUUUCUUGAAACCAAUGGUUAUGUGACCGUUGACGAUAACCGUGUUGGACCGCUGUACAAGCAUGUUUUCCCUCCUGCGCUUUCCCCCGGGCUCUCCUUUAUCGGUUUACCUUUCAUGGGGCUUCAGUUCUUUAUGUUUGAAAUCCAAAGCAAGUUGGUCGCUGCGGUUCUGUCGGGUCGAGUUAAGCUUCCCUCCGAAGAUAAGAUGAUGGAAGAUGCAACAGCGUUCUACGCGAAGCUUGAAGCCUUGGGGAUUCCCAAGAGAUACACACAUUUUCUUACCGAUCCUCAAGGGAAUCCGCUGCUCGGUCAGUUUAACCCGCAAGAUGCGGUUUUGAUCUCUCAAAGCGAUUACUUCAAUUGGAUCGCGGAACAAUGUGGUUGCCCGUCGAUAGAACGUUGGAGAGAGCGACAAUACAAUAUCGCCAUCAAGAAAGUUUUCUUUGGUGGCGACAAUUAUCGUGAUCGAUGGGAAGAUAAUCAACUCAUCGAAGAAGUGUACCGCGAAUUCGCCAAACUGAAACCGACCAAGAUUGUUCUUCUUAGUUGA